GAGAGAGAAAGAAGGAAAAAGAGAGAGAGGAAGGGACAGAGAGAAGGGAGAUGUGAAAACAUUUUUAUCCUAUAGAAAGAGAUGGGAGAUAUUCAAAAGUUAAAUUUAUAUAAUAAUUAAACUUAUAUAAUAAUUAAAUUUAUAUAAUAAUAUCGUAAGACGUAUAUGAAAUGUCAAUUCUUCGUCGCUUAUCGUUGUACCGAUCAAUUAUUUAAAGAUUUUCCCCAUAUAAAAUUAUAUAAGUUUGAUCAAAAAUCGUGCUAGUAAGUAUGGCAGGUUAAGUUGUUCCUUAGACUGUUGAGAGUGAAAGUGCGAGGAGUGUUCGCGUAUGGUCGAGCACGACAGAAAGAUCACACACAGUAGAUCUUUUAUUUUCAAAAGAUUUAGACACGUUUUGUUUUCCUACGGUGAUAGUCAAAAUGAAACAGUGCGUAAUAGUGUUCACCGUAAUUUUUAUAUCCUGCGGAUUUUCUUUCGCUAAUUUUGAUGAUCAUUUUAAAAAUUGUCAUCCAAACGUCGCAGGCUUCGAUGUUUGUAUAAGAGAAGCAUUAAAUAAAAUACAACCGUAUUUCAAAACUGGACUUCCUCAAUAUAAUGUCGAACCAUUCGAUCCGUUUUUUGCUAGAAAAAUUAGCGUCGAACGUGGAAUGCCAAAUUUUGGAUUUACUUUGACCCUUAAAAAUGUCACCGAAAGUGGUUGGGCCAAUAGCAAAGUAACCAAAUUCGUCAGCGAUAUACCAAAUUUCAAAGUUGUUUAUUCGCAAAGCUUUCCAGAAAAAUUAUUAUUUGGCGAUUAUGAAUUUUUCGGAAGAUUUUUCGGCUCGUCGAUACGUAACAAAGGAAAAUUUACGCUGACCCUGUACGAUCUCAUCCAAACUACGACAGUUACUAAACUCCCGGGUCAGAAGAUUAAGGUUAACAUCAACGUACAGGUCAUACGGGAUUUGAAACUUCACAUCACGAAUCUUUUAUUUGGACGAGAAAUACUCGAGGGCGUACUCGAUAAAAUUAUUAAUGGCACUUGGCAGCCAGGAUUUUUACUGACCAGAGGAAUAAUCAAUGAAUUAGUAUCGACCGCUUUUACCGAGAUUUUUGAUAAAGCAUUUAAAAAUUUUCCUUUUCAACGAAUCAUCAAGCUCAAGUCUAUUCGUUCGGAAUAA